CUGGUUAAAGUCAUAUGGCUAUCUACUUCCCUAUGAUUCACGGGCAUCUGCGUUGCACUCAGGGAAGGCCUUACAGUCAGCAGUCUCCACUAUGCAGCAGUUUUACGGGAUCCCAGUCACCGGUGUGUUGGAUCAGACAACAAUCGAGUGGAUGAAGAAACCUCGAUGUGGUGUCCCUGAUCACCCCCACUUGAGCCGUAGGCGGAGAAACAAGCGCUACGCCCUGACCGGACAGAAGUGGAGGCAAAAGCACAUCACCUACAGCAUUCACAACUACACCCCAAAAGUGGGUGAGCUGGACACACGGAAAGCUAUUCGCCAGGCUUUUGAUGUGUGGCAGAAGGUAACCCCGCUGACCUUUGAAGAGGUGCCAUACCACGAGAUCAAAAGCGACCGGAAGGAGGCAGACAUCAUGAUUUUUUUUGCUUCUGGUUUCCAUGGCGACAGCUCCCCAUUUGAUGGAGAAGGGGGAUUUCUGGCCCAUGCCUACUUCCCUGGCCCAGGGAUUGGAGGAGACACUCACUUUGACUCAGAUGAGCCGUGGACACUAGGAAAUGCCAACCAUGAUGGCAAUGACCUCUUCCUGGUGGCUGUGCACGAGCUGGGCCAUGCGCUAGGCCUGGAGCACUCCAAUGAUCCCAGCGCCAUCAUGGCACCCUUCUACCAGUACAUGGAGACACACAACUUCAAGCUGCCCCAGGAUGAUCUUCAAGGCAUCCAGAAGAUCUAUGGACCCCCAGCCGAGCCACUGGAGCCCACAAGGCCCCUCCCCACGCUCCCCGUCCGCAGGAUCCACUCACCGUCUGAAAGGAAGCAUGAGCGCCAACCCAGGCCCCCUCGGCCACCCCUCGGGGACCGACCAUCCACACCAGGAGCCAAACCCAACAUCUGUGAUGGCAACUUCAACACAGUGGCCCUCUUCCGGGGCGAGAUGUUUGUGUUUAAGGAUCGCUGGUUCUGGCGCCUGCGUAACAACCGGGUACAGGAAGGCUACCCAAUGCAGAUAGAGCAGUUCUGGAAGGGCCUGCCAGCCCGCAUAGAUGCAGCCUAUGAAAGGGCUGAUGGCAGAUUUGUCUUCUUCAAAGGUGACAAAUACUGGGUGUUUAAGGAAGUGACAGUGGAGCCUGGGUAUCCCCACAGCCUGGGGGAGCUGGGCAGCUGUCUGCCCCGGGAAGGCAUUGACACAGCUCUGCGCUGGGAACCCGUGGGCAAGACCUACUUCUUCAAAGGCGAGAGGUACUGGCGCUACAGCGAGGAGCGGCGGGCUACAGACCCUGGCUACCCCAAGCCCAUCACCGUGUGGAAAGGCAUCCCACAGGCACCCCAAGGGGCCUUCAUCAGCAAAGAAGGAUAUUACACCUACUUCUACAAGGGCCGGGACUACUGGAAGUUUGACAACCAGAAACUGAGCGUGGAGCCAGGUUACCCACGCAACAUCCUGCGUGACUGGAUGGGCUGCAACCAGGAGGUGGAGCGGCGCAAGGAGCGGCGGCUGCCUCAGGAUGAUGUGGACAUCAUGGUGACCAUCAAUGACAUGCCAGGCUCUGUGAACGCUGUGGCCGUGGUCAUCCCCUGCAUCCUGUCCCUCUGCAUCCUUGUGCUGGUCUAUACCAUCUUCCAGUUCAAGAACAAGGCAGGCCCUCAGCCUGUCACCUACUAUAAGCGGCCAGUCCAGGAGUGGGUAUGAGCAGCCCAGAGCCCUCUCUGUCCACUCGGUCUAGCCAGCCAGGCCCCUCCUCACCAGGGCCUAAGGGGCAGCUCCAGCCACUGCCCACAGGGGCCAGCAGGGCCCUAGGCCAGGGUUGUGCAGCUGCAAUAGUGGGUGCAUUGGUUUAGACUGUCAGGCAGGGAGUGAUGGGGGUUGUGCCCAGGGUGGGUGUCUGGCCCUCAGCUGCCAGCCUUCUAUCCUGGGUAACCUACUCCCUACUCAAAGGAAUAGUCCAGGCCCCAUCAGGAAGCAGGGACCCUGUCAGGGGGAGCCCCUGUGGUCACCACAUCCUUGGGCCUGCCCAUGAGGCACCACAGCUUCAUUCCUGGCUUGGGCUCAGCACCUUCUGUGGGAAGCCAGCACUAGCUCUCUCACCCCCAUCUGGGAGAUCCCACCAGUACUAGCCCCCUAUUGCCAACACCUGCUGGUCAGAUGUACCCCACACACCCCUGUCCUCCAAGGUUAUACGAUACCUGCUCCUGACACAGUGGGCAGCAAGCCUAGGUUUCCCCUGCUGGAAUACAGCAGAUCCCUCAGGAAACCUGUUCCACAUGUCAGGGCCUCCUUGGAGACCCAGGAUUUAGGGUCACAUGCUGCAGGCAGGGCUGUGGCCCAACUGGGUCUGACAAGGACCCAGCCGUCACGUCGUGAUAAUUAAAAUGUCCUGUCACUACUGUUUAAGUCCCAUUCUGCAAAGGCUGCUUGAGGGUUUAGGUGAAUUAGAGUUGACUGUCUUGGUGAUGAGGCCAGUGUGGCUGGCCCUCCCCCAGGUGGUAAGCACCAAGGUGCUGCUAAGGCCACUCUGGAGACCAGACACCCCAGGAGCUGGGCCCUGCUCUGAGGCUAAAGAGCUGGGGCAGUAGCUGGCCCCAUUUCUGGAGACCAAUCUGAGCUUGUGAUGCCCUGUAUUCCCUCCCACGAUCCCCCUCUUUCUCCUCACUUCCCUUACCCCAUCCCCAGCCCUGCUCCAGCCUAUCACUUUGGCCUGGGGGCUCAGCCUGACCAGGAAGGCUCCAGGAACAACAUUCUUAUGGCAUUGGGGUAAGGGGCCCAGAGCGGCCUUAUGAAGUGCUCAGAGCCCACUCCACCGGCUACCCCGAAGCCGCCUCAAUCUCUCAGCCUGGAAGCAGUGUUUAUACCAUGAGCUUGGCCCUUCCUGACCCAGCUCAUUGUGCCCAUCCUUCUGCACUGCUCUUAGGUAAAGGGUAUCCCCAGCUGGUAGUGGCCCCAAGCCUAGGGGCCUCCUUUUUUGACCCUUCUUGGGCCUAACCUUCACUGUCUCUGGCAGAAAUUCCCAGGACUCAGCUUGCCUCACUCGAACCCAGCAGAAGCAGCCCUGCCUGUCACUGAGGUGCCCUUGGCAAGACCAAUGGGCUCAGUGAUGCCUGCUGGCUAUCUGCCAACGUCAGAAGGUGGUGUCAGGCAGCCCUCAGGUGCUGCCCUUGCCCUCUGAGCUUGCAUGGGCCUUGCCCCCCACCCCGUGGCCUCUGGGUUUUGGGUUAGCUUACCCUAGAGCACAGCCAGGGACUCCUGCUGCCCUGAGAGCUGUCUCAAGCAAAAUCUCUCUAGUCCCAGAGGAGCCAAUGUGGGCCUACUGCAUCCCGUUGUCAUCACCCUUCUGUUUGUUCUCAUUUUGGCCAAGGGCAGGCUCCCUAGGGCAGGGGGAACGACUGCAGAGAUAUUAGUGAUUCAUAGAUUUGUACAGUGUUUUAUACUUUGCAAAGCACUUUAUUAGCUUACAUCUGUCCAUUCACAUGAAACACACAUAGGCCCUGCGAAGCUAAGGGUGACCCUCACCAUGCCCUUCCCUUAGAUGAAGCACAGAGAGGUUCUGUUCCUUGCCUGGGCCAUCCAGUGGGCUGCCUGGGCCUGUGUCCCACCUAUGGACUCCUCUAGGGUCCAAGAUGAGAUCAGAAGUAUCUCCUCUAUCCAUCUCCUGGUCUCCCUUCUCUCCCCACUGGUCCCUCUCUACCCCUCAGGUUGGUGCUCUCACUUCUUGAUAGCUCUAGGCCCCUCAGGCUCCCUGCUGGCUCCUGGAACUACCUAGGCCAGCUGAUAAACAGCAGGAGACAGAGGCAGGCAGCCCAGCCUACGGAUGUGAGGGAUGUGGGGCCAGGCCAAGAGAGGGCUGGCUUCCAAUCUCUGGCGCUCCUGCUUUGUGAACAUCUGUUUGUCAAUCAUCCCAGCACAGGGCAAACAGACAGGAGCAAAGCACUGGGGGCCCCAGAGCCCAGCUUUCCCUCAGCCUGGGAGACAUCACAGCAUUUCAGUGUCAGUCACAUUUUAAACUGAUCAGCCUUUGUAUAAUGUUUUUUAAAUCAUUUCUAAAUAAAACGAAAAUACAGAGUG